AUGGACUUGGUCUCCCCUCUCCUUCAUCUGUCAAUUCUCAUCGUGUAUUGGCUUAAUCGUACACAGGCUGAAAAUGAGAUAGAAAAUGCAAGACAGAAAAGAUUCUGGUGCAAUCCAUGGACAGGGUUAUAUAGAACAACGUGCAAGUAUUCGAAAAAAAUAGGGGAAGAUACUUACAGGAAAUGUGGAUGGUGGAAUAAAAGAAGAUGCAAAUCUGGAACCAAGUACUCCUGGAAAAUAACAUACAACUGGUGCUAUAGAAGAUGCAAAGUUGACGGGGUUUGGGAUAGUUGGAGUAGCUGGGGAGGCUGGGGAGUUUGUACCGGAGGUUAUUGCAGUGGGAUUCAAAAGCGAUAUAGGUCCAGGUCCUGUACCGAGCCGUCGCCCAAAAAUGGAGGGAAACAAUGUCGUGGUUCAACUGGACAAUCGUCUACCCGGUCCUGUAAAGUACUCCACUCUAUAGUUGAUGGGAAUUGGGGUUCCUGGACACAGUGGAAAUUGAUUAGUCCGUGCUCAAGGACGUGUGACAAAGGACAGCAACAGUGGAAAAGGCAGAGAACGUGUUCCAAUCCAGCCCCUAGGUGUGGUGGGAAAAUCUGCCAAGGGUCCUCAUAUAUGAACAAAUAUACGAAGUGUUUCCUCAAGAAAUGCAAAGUUGACGGAGGGUGGAGCACAUGGAGGAACUGGGGUGACUACAAGACAUGCUCUAAAACCUGUGAGGGAGGAAAACAGUUUAGACAGAGAGUUAGGUACUGUACCAAUCCUACACCGUCCAAGGAUGGAAAGGUGUGCAAAGGGAAGGACAAGGAAAAAGACUACAGCAUAUGCAAUGUUCAACAUUGUCCAGAGGACGGUAAAUGGAGUGUCUGGGGUAGUUGGGGUCACUUCCGGCACUGCUCAGAGACAUGUGGUCAUGGUGUAAAGUAUCGGUACCGGUACAGGGAAUGUAACAAUCCGGAACCAAACCACGGCGGGAAGAAAUGUCCCGGAUCAUUGAAGGACGAAGACUUUAAAAGAUGUUUUGUUCGAAAGUGUCCAAAAUUACGUGUCAAAGGAAAUAAAAAAGAAAACAAACGUGAAAGCAGCAAAGAAGUUACAAUAUCAAACAACUCCCAAGAAAGUAACUACUCCAGCCAAAAAAAUUGAUAAACUUUAACAGCGGAGGACGAGUUGAACUGCAAUA